AUGGCUUCAAGCUCGAGGAAUUCUGGCGCUGCACGCCUACCACUUGCUGGUAAUCACAAUUUCCCCCCUCAGCAGCUUUCGCAAGUUGACCAGAUUGAUAAUGAACUCAAGAAGGUCAUGGGUGGGAUAGCUGCUCUGAGGGACGGUGCACCUCCUGGAAAGGAUGUAGCUACCGUGGCUGGUUACGAUGCACAAAACGUGCACAAAACCGCAGCUAUUCUCAAGGAGAUCAGUGUCGCUGAAGAUGAGCUCAAUGCCAUCGAAGGUGACAUUGGUCUCACUAAGAAGGUAAUCAUUGCUGGCCAGAGUACAACUCUGACUGGCGUCGAUUUGCAAGAUAAAGAAGCUCGCAAAAGAGCAUCUUCUAGAGUGGUGGACUUCGUCGCAGGGUCAGCUGAAAACACCCGUAGGUUCUAUAGAGGAUUGAACAUUUCGGUGACUCCUGAGACGAAUGCAGCUGCACGAACGGCCCUCAGGGAACUGGCGGUUUCCAACACGAAUCCGUCAAGACGAGGGCCCGAUCCAGCCAAAGACCUUGCUUCCCUUCAAAAGGCAUUGAAGACCAAUCACACACUCAGUAGUAGAUACAAGAAAGAGCGUGAUGAAUUCAAAGAUGCCUGGGAGAGGAGCCAAAAGGAGAACAAGAAGUUGACCCAGACGUCUGAGCAACAAUCCCGGGAUCUCUACCAGGCCAAUAAAGACCUUGAAAAGGCCAGAAGAGAAUUUCCGCAGUUGGAGCGAGACAAGGCCAACCGAAACGAGUCCUACCUCAAAACUCAAGCCAUCAAGGCCAAGCUACAGGCUGACGAUGCGGAGAAGCGAGCCCAGACGACCCAGGAGAAGAAUCUUGACGUAGAGAAGAGGCUCUAUGAAGUCAAUGACAGCCUCAAGAAACUCCGCGGUUCACAUACCAGGCAGGCUGACCAGAUUGCCCUCCUGAAAAAACAAUCUGAAGGUCUGAAGGAGGACCUGAAAGAUUAUAAAGAGAGUACUAAGGCUGCCCAAGAUGAAGUUGUCCGGCUACAGUUAGACUCGAAAUCCAGUCGCAUAUACCAUGUCGAUCAAAUGAGACGUCUUCAGACUGCCAAGGAUGGAGCUGAUAAGAGGGUCCAAGAAGUCUCUGACGAGCUUCGUCAAACCCAGAUCGAUCGCUCAGCUGACUCUGCAAGCCUCAACUCUGCAAAUGAAGAGCUUAGCAAAGUCAGAGGGGAGCUUGAAGCUCUUCAACUCACUGUUGAGGGACACGUACGUGACCUUGAAAGGAAGAAUCAGAGAAUCUCAGAGCUUGAGAAGGCUUCUGACGAAAAAGAUGCUUCCAUCAAAGUGCGUGACGAAACCAUCGAUGCACAGAUCCAGGGCGCAUCGACGUUCCUGCGACAUCUUUCGUUGGAUGUCGAGUCCGAUGCCUGGAAGUGUAUUGCCGAGAGAGUACUAGUUGACUCGACAAGUACUUCCCUUACUUCGGCGGAGUGGGUACCAUGGGCUAUCUUUCCAUCCUGGUCUGAGGAUGCGUCUCUCGCGACCUGGGAAGAUACCCGCGGUCCUGAAGUUGUUGCUCUCAACCUGCUCGCAAUCUUGAGGGACAGGUCUGCAGAUGCAAAACUCGUGUUGGCUUUACUUCAUCACCUGCAGAAGGCGAUCAAGGAAGUCAAGUCGAUGGUAUCUGGCAUCGUCCAGCUACUCAUUGAAGCCUUUGACAGGGCGGUUGGUGACCCUAGAUUGCAUCUGAUGCACCGUUUUUCCAUGUGUCAGAUAGCAACUCUGUUGGGGUCAACCGGUGAAGUCGAACGGUUUAUGCAGGCAAUGGAUGCUGCUGAUCCCAGAAUCCGGCGUCUUGUGAAUGCCCUGGGGGCAUAUCGUCUCGAGAACUCUGUCUUCCCGAUGGAGGAGGCGAUAAGCUACCCUGGCGUAGCACUUGUCGGUUUCAACAGAGACCCUCAAGGAGUCAUUGCUGUCAGCCUAUCUGACAACGGGAUUUGCUGGGUUGAUAUCACCAAUAUCAGAACCGAAUUCACUCUUUUGAGCUUGGUUUCUGGGAAGGGUGAUUCUUUUAAAUUCCCUCUCGACACAGCCGAGAGGGUUGAAUGGGCAAUGACCCAUGCGUGA